AUUAUUUUGAUGGUUUCAGCUAAAUAACACAGUACACAUUUUUGUACAAAACGUCAAUUCAAUAUUUUGAACGAUAAUCUAAUGUAUUAUUUUAAUGAAAGUGUACCCUAUUUUAUUAAAUAUGGAUUGUAAAACUUAUCAUGUAAAGAGAGUAAAGUUAACUGAGCUAUCAGGGAGUCAUUCUUGGUAAGAUAAGAUAAAGCCUUUUUCUUUUCCAUCUUUUCUGCCAUGGCUUUGAAAGAAGACAAACUGUACUGAACAGUAAAUAAUAUUGUAAUCGACCUAUGAUUAGACAGAACUGAUGAGAACCUCUUUUUUGAGAAGGAGUGGGGGGAGUGACGUCACUCUUCUCUUGAGGGAACACCAUUAAGUUACCAUAACGAGACGAUAUGAUUACAUCGGUGUUUGUGGCGUAGUUGAUAGCGUCUCGGACUGGUGACCUGGAGGUCUCCCAGCGGUGUGCGCCAGAACCCAUGGUUUAAAAAUGAAUCCUCAACUCAAAGAGUUACACACCAUGUUGUCAAAUCAUUUCAGUUGUCAAGUGUUGAAAAGUAUCGUUGCCCAACCACUGAGUAAUAAAGGGCAAUAUUUUACAAGUUGUAUUCAUAACGUGAAGAUUAUUUUAGAAGAGGACCAAACAGAGUCUCAUGUUGAUUUUAUUGUAAAAGUAUUGCCACCAGGAGAACAUGAAAUUGAAUACAAUUCAAAGCUGAAAUUCAAGAAAGAAAUAGAAUUUUACAACAUUGCUUUGCCCCAGUACCACAGUAUUCAAGAAAGAAACAAAUUACCCAAGCUGAACAUAUUUCCUCACUUUUAUUUUGCAUCAGAAGAAUUCAUUGUGCUUGAAGACCUACACUCAGACGGCUACAUUGUUCAGGACAGUCUACUUGACAAAGAGCAAUGCAAACUUGUGCUGCAAGAGCUUGCUAAAUUCCAUGCCACUGGGAUAGCCUUGAAACUGUCAAAUCAAAACAUUUUUGAGGAAAAGCUUGCUUCAGUGUGCGUUCCAGCCCUUCAAAAUGAUUCCAAUCCUGAUAAGGACAAAAUCAACUUGCAGUUGAGAUUGGACAUAAGAAACAAACUGAGCUCUAAUGAUGAUUUGAGGAUCUUUACAGAGGCUGUGGAUACACUUUUGUGUGAAAUUGACAAAAAAAAACUUCCGACUCCUGUAGAACCUUUUUCAACAUUACUCCACAAUGAUCUGUGGAGAGGAAACAUAAUGUUCAAAAAUUUGUCGAGUGAUGGAGUCAGUGUUAAGUUCAUUGACUUUCAGACUGUAAUAAUGAAUUCACCAGCUCGAGAUCUGGUUUACUUUUUAUUCUCAUCUGUUGAAAGUGGUGUCUUGAGUGAAUUCCCUGAUCUCAUAAAAUGUUAUCACCUUUCUUUGGUACAAUACCUAUCCCAUCUAGGGGUGGAUGUAUCUGAGUUUUCAUUUGAUAAAUUAAUGUUUGAAGUAAACCGUUAUGGGCCAUCAAAGUUAAAGCAUUUACUAUUACUGUUCAAGACAUUGUGUUCUGUUAAAGAUGGGGAGUCAACAUUUGAACAAUAUCUUUAUAGGACUUUGUUUCUAUUUAAAGACAGGUGUUGGUUGUAAAAGGGAUAUGCUUAUUCUAUCUACCACAACAAUUCCUGCAGGAGCAGUUUUGGUGGGUCAUUGGAAGACACUAAACAUUGAACAUUUUUUAGCCCUGACUAAAAAUCGGGUUACAUUUUUACUACUCGUAAUUCCAUGAAAGCACCAGUGUAGCACCGAGCAAUUUUAUAAAGGGUUAUAUUGUAAUGUUUUGCGGUAAAAAUCUCUUUGUAUAUGAGCAGUUGUAUUUAUCACAUUCCUAAGUAAAGUAAUAACCGCUAAGUUUUUUAUAUGCCCAAGGUAUUCAUAGAAAUGUCCUUUUCUUUUGUAAAAUCUAUAUAUAAAGCCAAAAGUACCCAUGAACUUUUGAGAAAACUACAAGUCACACCCCCAUAAACCAUAUAUUUAAAAUGUUCGUCAUGACGAGAAACCUUGCGCAAAACUAUCCAUUAUUUCUUAAACUGCCCUAAAAAGUCGUAAUUGCUUUCCAAAGGGAACUUUCCAUAAACCUAAUAAUGUUAAAAAUACCUCAGCUGUAUUCAUUUGUAUGUUAUUCUUUCAAUUUAUUACCUUAUUAAAAUCAGGUGAGAUUAUUUUUUGUAUUACUGUA